AUGGAGAAUCCGGCACAAGCCGCUGCGACCGAGAAUGGUGCUACCGCACCCCCCGCUGCUGAGGCGCAGCCUGUCAUGACCCCCAUCAACGUGCUGUUGCUCUCGCUGUUCGUCUUCCUCGUCUACCUUCGACUGCGCCCCAAGCCGCCGCAGGUGCUGCCCAAGGCGCCCGCUCCGGUCGUCUUCCGCACCUUUACCCCGCACACUCUGCUGCCCUACAACGGCACCAACGAUAUGCCCGUCUACCUUGCUGUACGCGGGCGCGUGUUUGACGUCACCCCCGGCCGCAACUUCUACGGCCCCGGUGGGCCUUACGCCAAUUUCGCCGGCAGGGAUGCCAGCAGGGGUCUGGCGUGCGGCAGCUUCGACGAGGACAUGCUGACCAAAGACCUCGACGCCCCGCUCGACACCCUCUCGGACUUGGGAGACGAGGAGAUGGAGGCCUUGAUGGGCUGGGAGGAGCGCUUCUCGGAAAAAUACCUCGUCGUCGGCAAACUGGUCCCCGUGGGAAGCGAGGAAGCCAAGAACGCUUGA